UGAAAUUCUGCCACGUUCGCCAACAAAACAUCACUGGAAACAGAACUCUUGAAACGCGUGGUGUUUUAUUUAGCCUGGUACAUAUACGUGCGAUUUCUAAAAGAACAGUGAUUUGGUAAAGGCCUCUGGAAAACAAAAUGGUAUCUGUCAUCAAUUCAAUUGACACAGCGCAUGAAGACAUGAUUCAUGAUGCUCAGAUGGAUUACUAUGGUGUCAAAUUAGCAACAUGUUCCUCAGACCGUACAAUCAAAAUAUUUGAUGUGAAGAAUGGUCAACACACAACUGUCGCUACAUUAAAAGGACAUGAAGGUCCUGUCUGGCAACUAGCUUCACAUCCAAUGUAUGGCAACUUGUUGGCAUCAUGUGGCUAUGACAGAAAGGUCAUAAUCUGGAAAGAAACAAAUGGAUCAUGGGGAAAACUUCAUGAGUAUGCACAGCAUGACUCUUCUGUGAAUUCGGUUUGUUUUGCACCACAUGAGUAUGGACUAAUUCUGGCAGCAGGAAGUUCAGAUGGGUCAAUAUCGAUCCUUACCAGCACAGGUGAUUCAUGGGAUGAGCAGAAAAUUAACAACGCACAUUCACUGGGAUGUAAUGCUGUCAGUUGGGCACCGGCUAUCUCUCCUAACACACUCCUAGAAUCAUCUGGCCAAAGACCUCUUCCUGCUAAAAGAUUUGUAUCUGGAGGAUGUGACAGCCUUGUGAAAAUUUGGAGAUUUGAUGAAGAUAACGGACAGUGGGUGGAAGCGCAAAAACUUGAAGGACACAGCGACUGGGUGCGGGAUGUUGCCUGGGCGCCCUCUAUAGGUCUUCCAAAGAGCAUCAUAGCCAGCUGUUCACAAGACUGUAGGGUUAUUAUCUGGACAAAUGAUGGCAACAGCAAUUCAUGGACAUCUAAAGUGUUACACAAAUUUAAUGACGUAAUCUGGCAUGUGAGCUGGUCUAUAACUGGAAACAUACUCGCAGUUUCAGGUGGAGAUAAUAAGGUGAGCUUGUGGAAGGAAUCACUGGAAGGCCAGUGGGUGUGCAUCAGUGAUGUGAAUAAGGGCCAAGGCAAAGUUACUGACAGCCGAAAUAUAACCUCCUCCUGAGCAUCACAAAUCCUGGACUCUGAAAAAAAAAAAAACUUUACUAAGGAAAAACUUCCUGCUCAUCUGAAUAUAUGUAAAUACACUGUUCAUCAACAAUCCACCUAAAGUGAUCAUCACAUGGUAUAUAUUCAUGAGAAAUGACGUCAGUUUUUAUUGGAUUAUAGGAUAUAGUGAAGUCAGAGUGUAUUGCAGUGUUGUGGAUUUUAGUCCUCUAUCCAUCAUUUUUGCAAUGACUGAUUGAUCAAUUUUGUGCCAACAUCAGGAGUUUUUUGAACAUCAGGAAAACUCAUUUUCAGUGAACUGGAACGUUGAUGUCCUAAUCAUUUUGAAAACAUCUACUGUGAGCUUUGGUUCCAUUUUCCAUCCAGACAAUUAUACCUAUAUCAAUACAUUUGCCUGAGUGUGUCAUGCUGGGAUUGACUAUGGGAUUGACUCCCAUAUUCGUUGUAAAAGUCCUAGUUUGCAUUGUGAAGUAAUACUUAGUGGCAAAUGACUUCAGCAAUACCUGAAAAAGAGACGAGCAUAUAACUAGUAAGAUUAUUCUUCCUUUAAAAUUCUAAAUGAUGUACCUGUUAAUAUUGAAAGUCAGUUUAAUCCCCAUCUCUCCAUCAAAACGAUGUGAAAAAUAAAAACAUUACAUAUGUAAUGCAAAGUAAUAAUUAAUAUUUUAGCAAACGUGAAAGGAUGUGCCACUCUUCCAGAGGGUGCAGAAUUUAUAGCUUUGAGGAAGUUAAAUCUCUAUUUUUAAGUCAUUGCUGGUCGAUCUAAAGAAAUGUCAUUAAAAAUUACAGGUACUUGUUUCAAGUGUAGGACUUGGCAAUGUCUUCUUUGUAACCAUGUUCAUCACGUGUGGUCUGCAAGAACAUUUUCAGGCUUCAUGUAGUUUUGGGUGGGGUUGGUGUGAGGAACAGGACUUGUUCAGUGUCUGAAUAUCUGUAAAAAUGUAAUAUAUCAUGUGUAGUUCUCAUCUGAAUUAAAGUACAAUAAAGAUAACUUAAUGUA